UAAAUAAAAAAUAAAUUAUUUUAUAUAGCAUAUAUAUGAAAAAAGAUAAGUAAAUAAAAAUAAACGUUCAGUUGGAUAGAAGAUAACUUUUUUGUAGCUACAUAAUUUUAGAAGCCGGUGAUUACAGAUGUACACAAAUAAUAAUGUUUAUUAAAACAUUCUUCUAAACAUAUUUUACACAUAUAAACAGUGUCUCGCAUUAAUGCCGAUGAUUGAGCAUUACAAACAAUUUUAAACGUUUUACAGAAAAGUAAUCACUGUCUUUUUAUAUCGUUGUGACUGUAAGGUUAAAUAUGUUGCGAAUUGCAAGCCGAAAGUUAUAUUCAAUUCAAGUGUUGACAAAAAAUUCAACAUUUAAUGUUAACCAGACGAGAAAUUUGAAUUUACUUGAAUAUCAAAGCAAGGAACUUCUCAGAGAUUGCGGAGUUUCUGUGCAAAAUUUCACUAUUGUGGAUGAUUUAAAUAAAACAGAUUCUGCUUUAGAAAAACUGCAUGCAGAUGAAUAUGUUAUAAAAGCUCAAGUAUUAGCUGGUGGUCGUGGUAAGGGUUGGUUUGAUAAUGGUUUCAAAGGAGGUGUGCAUCUUACAAAGGACCGUAAAGCUGUUGUAGAUGUUGUGAAAAAUAUGCUAGGUCACCGCCUUAUCACUAAACAGACUUCAGAAGAUGGCAUAUUAGUACAAAAAAUUAUGAUAGCAGAAUCUGUAAAUAUAAAGCAAGAAACAUACAUUUGUAUUCUUAUGGAUAGACAGCACAAUGGUCCUGUGUUAAUUGCUUCACCAGCAGGUGGUAUGGAUAUUGAAACAGUUGCUGAAAAAACUCCUGAAUUAUUAAAAACAGUACCUCUAGAUAUAUAUUAUGGUAUUGAUGAUGAUAUUGCUAAAGAUGUUAGCAUAUUUCUUGGUUUUCUGGAUCCAACUGUACAAGAGAAAGCAAUAUUUGAAUUAAAAAAUUUGUGGAAACUGUUUGUAGAUAUUGAUGCUUUGCAAGUUGAAAUUAAUCCAUUGGCUGUAACUACAGAUAAUCAAGUUAUAGCAGUAGAUGCAAAAAUAUCAUUUGAUGAUAAUGCUCAAUUCAGACAGCAGGAUUUGUUUGCUUUAGAGGAUAAUGAUACAAAAGAUCCUAGAGAAGCAGCUGCAUCACGAUUUAAUUUAAAUUAUAUUGGCAUGGAUGGUAACAUAGGAUGCUUGGUUAAUGGUGCUGGUUUAGCAAUGGCUACUAUGGACAUAAUUAAACUAAAUGGUGGCUCUCCAGCAAACUUCUUAGAUGUAGGUGGAGGUGUUAAGGAAGAUCAAGUGUAUCAAGCAUUUAAAAUUCUAAGUGAUGAUCCGAAAGUAAAAGUAAUUCUUGUAAAUGUGUUUGGAGGAAUUGUAAAUUGUGCCACUAUAGCCAAAGGUAUUAUUACAGCAUAUCAUAAUUUACGACUUGAAAUUCCACUUGUUGUUAGACUGGAAGGUACUAAUGUGACAGAAGCAAAGAAAAUUCUUGCAGAAAGUAACUUGUCAAUUCUUACUGCAAAUGAUUUAGACGAAGCUGCUAAAAAAGCAGUUUGUUCGGUAAAAGCAUAAAUUUAACAGCUGUGCUCUGUAUUAAGUGCUUUAAAAGUAAAAAUUCGUAAAUGUAAGGAAACAUUUAUAAAAUUGUUAUAAUAUAAAAAGUUGAUUUUUUUUUUUUCAGUUUGUUUGAAUAUACGUAUUAGAUUUCAUUGUGGAAAGUAAAAGAAAAAAUAAUUUUAUGUUUCGAAUUUAUUAUUAAUAAUUUAAUUAAAGGUAUUUAUUUAUUUAAAUUAAUAAUUUUCGGUUUGUUAUGUUAUCAUAAAAUUUUGUUUUAUUUUAUUUUCAUUUAAUAAAUGUUUCCGAGUGCACAUUAUUUGGCCAAAAUUUGUAUACAUUUUAAAUGAAUAACUUCGAUAUUUUCGUAUUUUGUAUAUUCAAAAUAUUGGAAUAGUAAGCAAGUUAAAUUGUUUUGUAAGUAUAUAAACAGAAUGACUGAACAUAUUUUUUAAGGAUCGUUAAACAUUUUAUACAGUAUAGAAAAAAGUAGGUUUCCCGAAGGAAAAUGUCAAUGAAGAAGAAGCAAGAACGUUCAGAAUCCUAAUUUUGACGAUAUUAAAAUUGAUUUAGAAAGAGGAUAAUAUAAUUUUUAAUUGUUAAACCGCGAAGACUGAGAAAGCCUAUGGGGAGGGUCGAAAACCCAGAAAUCCCCGGUAAAGCCUAUGUUAGAGGGGUAGGCACCAUUUUUCCUGGGGAAGCCUAUUAUCUCCCAUUUUGUAUAUUUAUCUUUGUAAUUUGUACUUUGCCCAAUAAAAAGUUGUUCUUGUAAAUCAAUAUAAAUGUUAUGUACUAUUUUAUUUAAUAAAUUAUAUUUAACAACAUUAAA